AUGUAACUCUGUAAACUCAUCAAAAGUAGUUUUGAAAAAUAGUCAGUCUUCUGCUGGACUUUGAUCAGAUCAGUCGAUCAACCACGUCACUCUCAAAAAUGACUGACUUGUAUUCUUUAUCAAUUGGCUUUGCCAACAUUUCAACAAUUGUGCUGUGUAUUGUUUUAAAAGUGCCGCAGAUAAUUAGUCUCGUGAAAAGCAAAAGCACCACUGGACUGAGUCUACCCGGUACUUUACUGGAAUUGACUUCGUUUACUAUUGGCCUGUGCUACAGUGUAUCUAGCGGUUACGCACUUUCAUCUUAUUUGGAGUAUCCAUUUCUGGUCGGUCAGGAUCUCCUCCUUUUGGCACUUGUCCUUCAUUACAGUAAUCAAAUCGGUACGAAAUGGUUCGCCGCAUUCGGUGCCUAUUCGGCCGUCGUUUACGCCUUGACCUCGGGAAUGUUUCCUGGCGCCCUACUAGUCACGCUAAUGAGCCUUUGCACUCCGAUAUCUGCGGCGAGUAAACUGGCCCAACUUCGAACUAUGCACGCCUCUCAAAACUCAGAGUCGGUUAGUGUUUUAACCUGGUCCAUUGCCGUCUACACUUGCGUCACGAGGAUUUUUACAACUUUGGAUCGCGGUUUCGACGCCCCAUUGUUGGCCAACUAUUCGGUUAGUUUGAUUCUCAAUCUGGCCAUUAUAUUCUUGGCAUUGAAACUGAGAAGGCCUUCGAAGAAAGUCAAGAAAACCGAGUGAUUAAAGGACAAAUCAAGGAUGGCACACAGCAAUGGGGUGGGGAUAACCGCGGUUGCGUGUCCCGCACCAGAAAUAAAAUAAGUUAAAACCAUCGCGUGAGACUGUGUGUGUGUUUAUUUUUUCGUUUAACUUUUUUUCCCCUUUGCCACACCGUACACUUUAGAUUUCCCAAGCGGGCAGUUUCUUUCUGCGAGUUGCAUACAAAAGUUUUCUUGUCUAUGCGACUGUGUGCUGCUUUUAUAGAGUUCUUGUCACUCACACACGCCAUUGUGUUGUUCCUCCGAAUGUUAAUUUACUCCACAACUUGUUCCGUACAUACUGUCCGUCGUGCGCUCAAUUUCUUUUUUGAUGAUUGAUGUAUAACGAACGUGAUUAAACGGUGCUUUGUAGCUGAA